GUGGACUCAGCCGUUAAGGCCGUGUAUAACGCGAUGAUUGGACAAACAUUUGCCGUCCUAGGAAUGGCAAUUGCCAAGCUGUCCCUAGGGAUAUUUUUGCUUCGUAUUGUUGUCAAGCGGUGGCAUCGCAUUUCAAUACGGAUCUCGAUGAUCAGCUUGUUCAUUCUCUCAGUGAUGACCGCCAUCAUCUUCUGGUUACAGCGUCUUCCGUCUCAAUCUGUAUAUGACCCUCGCGUCCCAGGGCGUACUGUUACCCAUGUCACCCCUUUCUCCGUCUUGCUUGGAUGUUGGUGUGCUGUUGUGGACUUCUACUUUGCUCUUCUUCCGUGGAUCUUCAUUUGGAAUCUUAACGUGAGAUACAAGGAAAAGAAUGUGUGUCACUAA